AUGGCAUAUAAGCAUCUAUCAGAAAAGAUUACCAUUCGAAGUGAGCAAGUUGGUUCUAUACCUCGACCUAUUGAAUUAAUCGCUGCUCAACAUAUGUAUCCAUGUGAUACGACGAAUCGAAAUGAGUUGAAAGCUCUUCAAGUUAAAGCUAUUCGAUCAACAAUUGAAGAAUUGGAACGUACGGGCUCAAAAAUCAUUACCGAUGGUGAACAAACUAAAUCCUCAUUUCUUACCUAUCCUAUCUGCGGGUUAAAAAAUGAAUAUUAUGCAUUUUCAUCAAAGUAUUUUGCUUUAACUUUUUCCAAUGGUCAUCGAAGAUCAUUACCACAUCUUAUCAAAAGUCCUUUUCGUUAUACAACCUAUGCUCAUGUAUAUGUUGACGAGGCGAAAAAGUAUACGAAUCUUCCAAUAAAACAAGCUAUUAUCGCUCCUUCAGCAUUGUCUAUGGUUUACCCACAAGAGACAAUUCCGAAUUAUACUCGUGAACAGUUUCUAAACGAUCUUAUCAAUGAAGCUGAAAUCGAUGUUCGCAAAUGUUUUACCAGCGGUGCACAUUCAGUUCAAUUGGAUUUUUCCGAAGCUCGAUUUUCUCUGAAAGUUGAUCCUACUGGACGAUUAUUACAAGAAUUUGUUCAAAUCAACAAUCGACUCUUAAAUCGAUUCGAGAGCAAUUUACGACAUCGACUUGGUGUUCAUGUUUGUGCAGGUUGUGACAAAGGUUGUUAUCAUUCGAUCGAUGUUAAUUAUCUACUACUUCUUCCGGAAAUAUUUGACUUGAAAGUGGGAAAUUUCUUUCUUCAAUUCUCAUCGGAAACGUCGAAUCGUCAUGAAAUUUUAUCAUGCAUUCGCGAUUCAAUCCAACCGUGGCAGCGCGUUUUCAUUGGUGUUACCGAUCCAUUAAAACCAAAAGUCGAAACACCCGAAGAAGUAUGCGAACAAGUUUUAGAAGCAGCAGAAUACAUUCCAAUAGAACAGUUGGGUACGACAGAUGACUGUGGCUUCUCGCCAUUCGAUGAUGAUCAAUCAGUAUCCAGACAAAUUGCAUUUGAGAAAAUUCGCGCACGAAUUCAAGGCACAAAAUUAGCCGAAGAAAAACUCAAUAAGAAACAAUCAAUUCAAAGAACAGAAUUGGAUACGAUUAUUUGUCAAAAUUAA